AUGGCCCCGAUGAAGCUUGCCAUCGUCGGUGCGGGGCCGUCCGCGUUUUACGUGGCAUCGAGGCUGUUGACGUUGGUUCCGCCGUCCAGUGCGCUGGCGUCGUCCAUCAAUAUACACAUGUACGACCGCCUGUGGGCGCCGUACGGCCUCGUGCGCUACGGAGUAGCACCAGACCAUCCUGAAGUCAAAAAUUGCACACACAAGUUCGACGCAACGGCCAGGGACCCUCGUCUCCGUUUCUUCGGCAACGUGAACAUCGGUGACGCGUCACUCAUCCCGGACGCCCUCCCCGUCCCGCUCGAGUCCUUGUUGUCCCAUUAUACUCACCUCCUCUUUGCCUCUGGCUCGCCCGUCCCGACACUGCACCCUGCACUCCCGCCCUCGCCCUUCUGCCUCCCCGCGCUCUCGCUCGUGCACUGGUACACCCAGCACCCGUCGCGCCCCGCGGCCCCGCCCCCGCUCGAGCGCACGAAGCACGUCACGAUCAUCGGCCAGGGCAACGUCGCGCUCGACGUCGCGCGCAUGCUCCUCACACCUCCCGACCACCUCGCCCGCUUCGACGUCCCCGAGCCCGUCCUCUCCGUCCUGCGCGCGUCCGCCGUGGAACACGUGUCCGUCGUCGGCCGCCGCGGGCCCCUCCAGGCAGCGUUCACCGCCAAGGAGCUGCGCGAGAUGCUCCGCCUGCCCAACGCCGCGAUGGCCCCGCUCCCCGCCGCGCUCCUGCAGCCGCCCCCGGGGGUGCCGACGACGCGCCAGCAGACGCGCUUGCUCCAGCUUCUGUCCAAGGGCCCGGACAACGCGCACGGGUCCGCGCCCAAGAGCUGGGCGCUCGACUUCUUCCGGCAGCCCACGGGCCUGCUGGCCCCGCGCGCCCCAGGGAACCCGUCCGCGCGCCCGCUACUCACGCUCGCACACACCGCGCUCGACGCGAGCCAUCGCGCGGUCCCGACGGGGGAGACGAGCGCGCUGCACACCGAUCUCGUCGUCACCGCGCUCGGGCACCGCGCGGAGCCGGGCGCCCCGUGGGCGGACGGCGUCGUGGGCGGCGCGCACGUGCGCACGCGCGGGGCGAGGGUCGUGGACGCGGGCGGGCGGCUGGUCAGGCGGGUGUACGCGAGCGGGUGGGCGGCGCACGGGGCGCGCGGGGUGCUCGCGACGACGAUGAUGGACGCGUACGCCGCGGCGGAGACGGUGUUGCGCGACCAGUUCCCCGACGCGUUCGGGGGCGCCGACGAGGCUGCGGAGGAAGAGGUGGAGGUGCUCCCGCGCGCGGUUGCAGACUUGGACGCGGUGCCGCCAGAGGUCGUGGCCGGGGUCGAGGCGGGGAAAGUGACGCAGUUUGGGGACUGGGAGAAGAUCGACGCGGAGGAGGUCGCCAGGGGGAAAGCAUUGGACAAGGAGCGCGAGCGGAUGGUGUCUUGGCAGGAGGCGCGCGAGUUUUUGGCCAGGACGAGGGCGUAG